CAAAUUUAAAUAUAAUGUGAGGGCAAAGGUUGACUUGUUCUUCCCCCGCUCUUCGCUUCGUUUGCACUCUCUCAUCACUCUUUCUUCUGUCCAAUUUCAUUCAUCUCAAAACCCAAAUCCUUCUUUCGCGUUCCUCAGGACUCUUACUGUAAUCAUGGAGCGGCUAACAUCUCCUCCUCGUCUAAUGAUAGUCUCAGAUCUUGAUGAAACAAUGGUUGAUCAUCAUAGUGAUCCUGAGAAUCUAUCUCUUUUGAGGUUCAAUUCAUUGUGGGAAGACGCUUAUCGCCACGAUUCUCUUCUUGUUUUCUCAACCGGAAGAGCACCAACAAUGUAUAAGAAACUGAGGAAACAGAGACCUUUGUUAACACCUGAUGUUAUCAUUACAUCUGUAGGAACUGAGAUUGCUUAUGGUAACUCCAUGGUUCCUGAUCAUAACUGGAUUGAAAUCUUGAACAACAAAUGGGACAGAGGAAUCGUCGAAGAAGAAACUAGCAAGUUCCCUGAGUUAACUCUUCAGAGUGAAACUGAACAGAGGCCACACAAGCUUAGCUUUCAUAUUGAUAAGAGUAAGGUUCAGGCAGUGUCGAAACAGCUAUCUCAGAGGUUGGAGAAACGUGGGUUGGAUAUCAAAAUAAUUUUCAGUGGAGGAAACGCUUUCGAUGUUUUACCGCAAGGUGGAGGAAAGGGACAAGCACUUGCUUAUCUGCUAAAGAAGCUCAAGACUGAAGGAAAACUCCCUAUUAACACUCUUGCUUGUGGAGACUCUGGAAAUGAUACUGAACUAUUUACCAUUCCCAAUAUUUAUGGUGUCUUGGUAAGCAAUGCUCAAGAAGAGUUGUUGGAGUGGUAUGCUGAAAACGCGAAAGACAAUCCAAACAUAAUCCACGCGACUGAGCGGUGUGCGGGUGGGAUUAUACAAGCCAUUGGUCACUUUAAGCUCGGUCCAAAUCUUUCUCCUAGAGAUGUUUCUGACUUCUUAGAGUGUAAGGUGGAUAAUCUGAACCCGGGUCAUGAGGUUGUUAAGUUUUUCUUGUUCUACGAGAGAUGGAGACGAGGUGAAGUUGAGAACUGUGAGACAUAUACUGCAAGCCUCAAAGCUUCCUGUCACCCUGCUGGUGUCUUUGUGCAUCCAUCUGGUGCUGAAAGAUCUCUCAGAGACACCAUUGAUGAGCUUGGCAAGUACUAUGGAGACAAAAAAGGGAAGAAGUUUCGGGUUUGGACAGAUCAGGUCUUAGCAACAGACACUACGCCAGGGACUUGGAUAGUAAAGCUUGAUAAAUGGGAGCAGACUGGGGAUGAGAGGAAAUGCUGCACAACAACUGUCAAAUUCACCUCGAAGGAAGGAGAAGGGUUUGUGUGGGAACAUGUGCAGCAAAUAUGGUCAGAGGAAACAGAGAUAAAGGAUGAUAGCAACUGGAUCAUCUGAAUCAUUUUUGGACUUUUCCAUUAAAACAUUGCAACAUACAACCAUCUCAUUAUUGGUUGAAUAAAACUUACAUCCUCUUAAUCUUGUCACUCAAAAAAACCUAAGAAUCUUGAGGAUCUUUAUGCACAUUCACAUAAUCUUCCAGAGUGAUCAGUCUUGUGUCCAUAAGAUCAAUUAUCUUGUUAUCCAAAAGACUAAUCUUAUUAUUCAA